CCAUUUCCUGUUCAGAUGUGUGAAAACAAAAGGCCCGUCAAGCUGCGACUGUUUAUACCAGUGAAGUUGACAUCACCACUCGCCACUUCUAUUUUCGUUGUAAUCACCUUGUAUGAAGAAAAUAACAGUACAUUCUACUCAAACAUGAAGUCUGGCAAUGGGCACAUUCUCUGUUCUCCGGGGCAGAGAAUAUGUGGAGCAAGUAGCUGCCUCAUAGCCGGUGAGGGAACCUACACCUUCAAUAAGUAUAUCUACGCCUCCCUUGCUGGACAUGUCACAGUCAUCCCCAGAGGAGAGGUCCAAGUUGUGAAGGUCACGUUGGGACGCGAGGGCACGGUGAUGCCAGAAGCCGGUAGUGUCGUAACGUGCCGCGUAUUGAGCGUCAACCCAAACCUGACGACAGUAUCCAUUAUAUGCGUCGGUCCAAACAAGCUUCACUCACCCGUUUCCGGCACUGUCAGGAAACAAAAUGUCCGGGAUCACCAAGUUGACACGGUGGAAAUGUACAAUUGCUUUCGCCCAGAUGACAUAAUACUGGCAGUUGUUCUCUCCCUCGGUGAUCUGCGGAACUACGAGCUUUCUACGGCUGGUACGGAGCUCGGGGUCGUUACUGCUUACUGUGAAGAGGGCCACCCGCUGGUUCCUGCCUCCUGGACCACAAUGAAGUGCAAAUGUCGAACAGAACGAAGAAAGGUGGCCAAAGUGAUGCCCCCAAAAAGUUCACAUACCUAAAGUUGAGACGCUUGAGAAAUGUGACACAGAAAUUUUUUUAAAAAUAUACCAGUACUGUAAUAUAUCUGAACACUUGUAGAAUAAGUAUGUAUAUGAGUGCAAACAAAUAAGAAAAUGACAUUAGAACAGCAAUAAAAUGAAGCGAUUAUUAUGAUACAAAAUUCAAUGGUUUUGCUCACAAAGGAAACUUAGAAUUUGUUUUACAUAAAUAGUAUAUAAUUUACUAUAUUCAAGAUUUCUCAUUACAUGUACCUCUGUUGUACAAAUGAAAAUAUAAUACAGUACAGUAUUAGCUGUGCCAAGGACUUUAUGAUUUCUGUCAAAAUAUAUAUCCCCUUUAUUUUUUGCAUCUCCAAGACUUACUUUCAUUUUUAUUUUUCUAAGCAAAAAUGUUUGAAGUUUGGAUCACGUUCCAACAUUACAUCUUUGGUUAAUAGUUAUACAGUACUGUAUAUCCAUGUAUUUUCAAUAUUAUAGUAACAGGAAUAAAUAAUUACAAUAAA